CCAUAAACCUCUUCGUUGGUCUCCUAACAGUUAGCUGGCCGGUUAGCCGAGUGCUAGCACUUUCAGCCAUGGCUGUAUUAAAGGCUCAGCCACAUGUUGUCAAACAUGGAGACGCCGCACUAAAGCUAGGUGGAUAUUUAAGUCUAUCCAGGGCGACACGACACACGCUGCUCACCUUUAGGGGUUUAGCCUCCGCGACAGUGUCCACAUCGUCCUCCAUGGCUUGAUCUUCGGUAUCAAAUAUGAUUUUUGACGGCAUUUCUCUUCUUGAUGGAAUCCCUCAGUGUAGACACACAGGCUAACACACGGGCACGCGGAUGGAAAGGAACGCGCAAAGCUGCGCGACUCAACUCGCGAGGAAGUGUGUUCACCAAACAGGGCAUCUACAUCUAUUUAGGACAUAGCACCCCAUCCUUCAGAGUUUGCCCAGACAAUGGCUGGAGGAUGGAAGACCUAACAAUGCAAACUGGACUGAAAUAUGCUCAGCCAAGCACACAGAAUGGACGCACUGAUGUGAACUCUGUGACAAACUGGAAUGCUCCUCUAGUUUGGGAGGGAACCUUUGAUCCAGUGGUUAUCGAUGCAAUCUAUAAGAAAAUGGACCCACGAGUUGCUGUGGUGGUGUUUGCUGUUGGCAAAUACACACGUUUCCUGAAGGGCUUCCUGGAGUCAGGUGAAAAGUAUUUUCUUGUUGACUUCAGGGUCACUUACUACAUCUUCACAGACAACGAACAAGAUGUCCCCAAAAUUAAACUGGGUAAGGGCCGGACAAUUUCAGUUGUCACCAUCCCUAGUGCCAAACGCUGGCAGGAAGUAGUACUUGGCAGGAUGAAAUGGACCACUAUCACUAUUGACAAACAGAUCCGUAAUGAAGCAGACUAUCUUUAUAUGAUGGACAUCGACAGUGUCUUCCACAGCCGUUUUGGAGCAGAGUCUCUCAGUCAGCUGUCGGCUGUGCUUCACCGUGGCUACUACAAGAAUACACAGAGGGAUCAAUUCCCGUAUGAGCGUCGGCCUAAAUCCAAGGCCUUCAUUCCUUAUGAUGAAGGAGACUAUUAUUACACUGCUGCUGUCUGGGGUGGAUACCUGGAGGACAUGUACAAGCUUGUCAAAUACUGUUACACACAGUCGGAGGAGGACGCCAAGAAUGAGAUUGAAGCUGUGUGGCAGGAAGAGAGUCACCUCAACAAGUACCUGCUGUACAACAAACCAACCAAGGUGCUGUCUCCAGAGUACCUGUGGUCAGAUUAUGAUAGCAUACCACAAGACAUUAAAGUUGUCAGGAUCUCCCAGUUGGUCAAGAACUAUGCAGAAGUGCGGCCCAAUGGUGGACAGUGA